GAAAGGCCAACGACCAAUUCCAAAGCCUUGCCCAACCCGACAACACAAAGGGGAAUAAACUUCCGUAUCUUUUCUCCCUCUCCUCGUUGACCUUCCUUCCCCCAGGCACUAUGGAUGCGAGAUUCGGGCUCUUGCUCCUCUUUGUGUUGGGUGCUAGCUGGGCAUGUAAUGCUAGACAUCUAGAAGUUGUCGAGGUAGUAAUAUCCGAUGCAUCAGUUGUGCAGAUAAACCAGGGACCAGAUAAUGAAGUAAUAGAAAAGGUUGCUCAGAACGACAAUGUGUGCACCUUGUGUGAGCAAUUUACUGUCGAGGCAGUUGAAUACCUUUCGCAGAAUAAGACCCAGACCGAGAUAGUUGAAAUGCUUCACACGAGUUGCUCCCGUAUACCAACAUUUAAGCAGCAGUGCAUUACGCUCAUGGACUACUAUUCUUCUCUCUUCUUCUUGGAAAUAUCUUCAAUUCAACCUCAAGAUUUCUGUACAAAGUUCAACCUUUGUCAUAAAGUUGCACUUAUAUCUUCACGAAUCCAUGAAGAUAGCUGUGGCAUGUGCCAUCAUGCUGUUUCUGAAGUUCUAAAUAAGCUGCAAGAUCCCGAGACAAAGUUGGAUAUAAUUCAGCUCCUUUUGAAAGGAUGUAACUCGAUGCAGAACUACGUGCAGAAGUGUAAGCAGAUAGUUUUCGAGUACGGGCCUCUGAUCCUUGCGAAUGCAGAGCACUUUCUGAAAACAAAUGAUGUUUGCACCAUUGUUCAUGCCUGUGAUGGAGGAAAGCAAGCAUUAGUGGCAGAUUCUUAGUAGUUGAAUAUCUAUAGUUCCAGGAGGAUCUGCUGUUGUAAUAUAUACCUAUCUAUAUAUAUAAACUUGUUGAUCUGCAACUGUGUGUAUGAAGUACAAUAUUGAGAAUGUUGUUAAAAUAUUUAGUUGGU